GUGCCGAGCCCGGCAUCUUUUAUAACCUUCAAAUCCCCCCAUCCCCUCCAUCCUCCUGAUUUCCGUCCUUUCCAAAUAUCUACAUUCGAUCUUCCAGCUUCCCCGGAACUUGAUUCCUCCACCAACUCGUAUUAACUUCCGAGAUCUCAAUCGAAGGAUAAUUUCAUUCAGUACCAGCCCGACAACAACAACAACAAACAUCACCACCUGAACGAUAUACCCGUUCACACACAACGAAACACCAUUAUCUCGACGACACUGGAGUUACUCCACCACCACAGCCAACCUCAAUAACAGUUACUUUGUUGAGAGUUGGGUCUUCCAGACGUCUAUCACAUGCAACGAGCACAGUCGGCCGUGGAUUUUUCCAAUCUACUUAACCCCACAGUUCCGGCUGAUAAGGAAUCCGAGAAACCCCAACAGGGCGACGUCGAGAUGGCUACAGCAGCGGUGACCGUUAUCAAACCCAAUGGCCCCCUUCCGGGUGUCCAGAACUCGGAGAACUCAAAUGAGUUGCCCCGACCUUAUAAGUGCCCUCUCUGCGAUAAGGCCUUCCACCGCCUCGAGCAUCAGACUCGACACAUCCGCACUCACACUGGAGAGAAGCCUCACGCCUGCCAGUUCCCCGGCUGCAGCAAGAAGUUCUCUCGAUCUGAUGAGCUCACACGCCACUCUCGCAUUCACAACAACCCUAACUCAAGGCGAGGUAACAAGGCGGCUCAAGCACACCAGCAGCAGCAGCACCAAAUGCACCAGCAGCAGGGCCUUCCGCCUCAUAUGAUGCCCGAUGGAAUGAUGGCGCCGCCUCCCGCGCCCAAGACCAUCCGCUCUGCCCCUGGCUCUGCACUGGCUUCACCCAAUGUGUCUCCUCCUCACUCCUAUUCUACCUUUGCUCUGCCCGUUUCUGCGGUUCACUACAACCGCGGCGGUGACAUUUCCAUGCUGGCCAAGGCUGCUACUCAGGUUGAGCGUGAGACUCUGACUGCUCCUCCUCACCAUAGCAACAACCACCGUCAUCAUCCUUACUUUGGUCACGGAAUGCAUAGCUCUCGAGGCCACCUGCCUACGCUUUCUUCCUAUCACAUGGGCCGCUCUCAUUCAAAUGAGGACCCCAGCGAUGACCACUACUCUGGCGCCAUGCGACAUGCUAAGCGAUCAAGGCCCAACUCCCCCAACUCUACAGCUCCCUCUUCGCCAACAUUUUCUCACGACUCUCUGUCACCCACUCCCGACCACACCCCUAUCGCCACUCCUGCUCACUCUCCUCGUCUGCGACCUUUCUCUACUGGUUAUGAGCUGCCAAGUCUCCGAAAUUUGUCUCUCCAGCACAAUACGACGCCUGCUCUGGCCCCUAUGGAGCCUCAUCUCGAGCAGAAUCAGUUCCAGCAGGGAUCUGCCCCCACUACCCAGCCUCGCCCUACUGGGAUGUCUUUGACAGACAUCAUCAGCCGGCCCGAUGGAUCUCAGCGAAAGCUUCCUGUUCCUCAGGUCCCCAAGGUGGCUGUCCAGGAUCUACUUUCUGAUAAUGGCUUCAGCCACAGCGGCAGGAGCUCAGGAACCAGCAGUCUGGCCGGCGGCGAUCUCAUGGAUCGAAUGUAGGACACGACAUGACAUCGCAACUCGCACGACUUGAUGACGACUAUGGGUUAUAGAGGAAUAGAAAGGAAUGGCGUUUAUGGUUUACAACAUGGCAUUCGAAUUACAUCAUCUCAAGGAUUGAGCACUCGGCGAGGAUUUGGGCGGCAUUUGUGAAAUGAAAGAAAGCAUUUUUUGUUCAAGGGCGGG